GGAUAAAAGCCAAAGAAAGAGAGGACAAAAAGGACAUAGAGCAAAGGAUACUGCUCUUUUGUUGGAUUGUUGUGUUCCCUUUGGAUUUCUCAUUGAGCUAAGAGAAAAGGAAGAGACAGAGCUGCAACCACGGCAGGGAUGAAGUACAACUACCAUGUACCGGUGUCAACGUACACUCGCAGUUCGCAGUACACGCCAACGUACCACACACCGACCCACUAUACCCCUUCACAUUACACACCGACUCUGUACACAUCUACAUACAGCUCAGUGUCAAAGUACACCCCAACACAGUACAGCUCGACAUAUUACACCCCGUCACAUUACACAUCCACCUCCAAAGCUGCAUCAGCGUACAUCCCUUCAUACAGCAAAGGCUCUCGGUACAGUUCGACACAGCGCACACAAGCAAAGGAAAAGCCUGCACCUGUGAUACCUGUCACACCUGCAAAAAGAACUGUGCACUUCCCCAAUGACAUCAUCUUCCAGGAUAUUGUUAGACGAGGAGAUAUGGAGCAGAUUGGUCGAUUCAUGAGAGCGAGGAAGGUUCGGGUGGAUACGCUCUUCCACUCAGGUAUGGCAGCUCUACAUGAAGCUGUGCUGACAGGAAACCUGGAGGUGGUAAAGCUGCUGGUGAAAUACGGAGCUGAUGUCCACCAGAGAGACGAGGACGGCUGGACGCCACUUCACAUGGCCUGCAGCGAUGGUUACCCGGAAAUCGCCAGGUACCUGCUGGCAAUGGGAGCCAGCACCGAGGCAGAAAAUGAAAGCGGAGAGAAGCCUGCAGACCUUAUUGACCCAGACUGCACAGAGCUGGCUAAACUAUUUGAGACUGGCUGUGUGUGACUGGCUGCUAAAUAGACCCAAUAUACAGAAAUAAGAUCAGCAGGCGCUUAGAAAUCAAUAUAGUACAAUAUUCACCAAAUCGAGCAUAAGAACAUUUCCGCUGCUGCUCACCGAUCCUGUAAAACAAAAUUCUUCAAGCUUGUUUAGUUUCAAAAGUGUAGCACAAGCUGCUAUGAAAUUAUUAUUUUGAAUUUAUAGCUGUAAAGAAAUACUUCAUUAUGAUUUUUCUGGUGAUUAUUUUAUUUUAUUUUAUUCUGUUGGGCUUUAUUUUCUGCAUUUGUAUAUUUGUCAUACUGCCAAUGUCAGUGCUUGUAAAUGUUAAUCUACACUGCAGUCUCAUGUAACACAAGACAUGUCCCUGUAUCAAAAUGUCAUCUUGUGUAGUUCCGGCCUGAAUAUUUAUUCAUUUCAGGAGAAUAUUAGAUUUCUAUCCUCGUGAGCAUUUCAGUUUAAAUAUUUUAUCAGCUGUGUUAGUGUGAAGCAGUCACAUGCUUGCACUCUUCAGGACUGUAUGUUCCAAAACUAUCAUCAUACACUGAAUUUGCAGAACAAAAUUUGGACUGAGAUGAAUGUGUCUUAUAGAAGGACUUAUGUAUCCUUACUGCUGGACAGAAAGAGGAUCUCCCAAAUACCUUAUUGAUGGUUAGAAACAAAAAAGAAAACAGCAGUUUAUGUUGCACAAGCUUCUUCUACUGCUGCAUUAUUUUCCCUAAUGUAUUACCUUUUGUUUUCUGCAGUAAAAAUACAAAUGUUAGCAAUUGAAGUCUUAUAAUUUUCUGUUCAAUAAUUAUUUUUGUACAUUUUCAUAAAUAAAGAAAUCUUUUAUAACUAUGA